UUGUUUUCAUUUCCACCCGGAAACAAAAUGAAGCAUGCAAAACUUGGAGCUACAGAUGCCGUUGGUGUUUACUGUCGCGUUAGACCAAUUGAUGACGACGAAGAAAGCUGCAUAACAGUACAAAAUGAACAGCAAGUGUUGCUGCGGGAACCAGAGCAACGUGCGCAAGCGAAGGGAAACAAUGCUAUCAAGGAAUCGACAUUUAAUUUCUCGUUUGUCUUCGACCAAGAUGUGACUCAGAGAGAAAUUUUCGACGAUAUAGCGUACAACCUCAUAACCUCUCUUCUUAGAGGGAAAAGCUCUCUGCUUAUGACCUACGGAGUCACUAGUUCCGGAAAAACGUACACUAUGAACGGCAAACCAAGCGACAUUGGGAUCUUGCCAAGGUCUAUCGAUGUUCUAUUUAACAGUGUGGGGAACUAUUUGGCUCACAAAGGAGUCUUCAAACCUGAUAAGUUGAAUGGAUUUGAUGUUCAAAGUGAAGCAGACGCGAUUAUUGAGAGACAUCGUAAUUUGGAGAGAGGUCUGAAGGGAGACCCGAGUGCGACUAAAGGGUCCUCGGGGUCCAAGGCGAAGCAGGAGUUCCGACAUCGAGUGAGCGACGUGCGAAAGAUCCCGGAGGUCGAUGAUGAAAAUGUAUACGCCAUUUUUGUGAGCUACCUCGAGAUUUACAACAACUAUGUUUUUGAUUUACUCGACGACGGCUUUGAGAAUACAAUCACAGGCGAGAGGAAAUCAAAAACGAUUCGGGAAGAUUCUAAUAGAGUGAUGUUUGUGCAAGGGGCAAAUGAGGUUGAAGUUGAAAAUGUAGACGAAGCUUUCUACUGGCUGAACAAAGGUCAACAUAGGCGAAGAUUCGCAGAUACUGCUUUGAAUCGAGAGUCGAGCAGAAGCCACUCGAUUUUCAAGAUACGAGUUGUCCAAGCGCCGGUUGAGAAAGACAACGAACCAAUCAACGAUCGCAAUUGUCUUUUAGUCAGCCAAUUAUGUCUUGUAGAUCUAGCUGGAAGCGAACGGUUAGUUAGAACAAAAGCAACUGGCAACAGAUUGAUUGAGGCAAAGAAUAUAAACUCGAGUUUGAUGGUUUUGAAGAACUGUAUCGAUGCACUGAGAGAGAAUCAAAAGGAUAAAACGUGCACGCGAAUCGUGCCUUACAGGGACAGUAAACUGACUCAUUUGUUCCGAAGUUACUUCGAGGGUAAUGGUUUAGUAAGAAUGAUUUGCUGUGUGAAUCCACAUGUGAACGAAUACGACGAAAAUCUUCAUGUUUUGAACUUCGCCGAGUCUUGUCGUGAAGUGGAGAUUCCGUGCGUUGAUGAUAAUAAACGCGAAAAAUUAAAGAAACGAGCAAACAAGAUAUUCGAGAGUUCGAUGAUGAAGUUGUCAGGAACUGGUAGUUCGGACGCCAAAAGACGUUGCACUCGAUCUUUUCCUAACUUCCCAUUUGACGAUUUGCCCGACCCGAAGGACCACGACAAGUUUUUCUCGAUACUAACCGAACAUCUAACUGAGGUUGAUGCUCUAAAGACAGAGUAUUGGAGCUACUAUGAGGCUGGUUACAGUGAGUGUCUGGACUUACUGAAUCAAGGGAUCCAAGAGAGUGAACAAAAGGAGAAUGCUGUACGAGAAUAUGAAGAGAAAUUGGCUGCUAAGUCGAAGCAAGUUGCUAACUUGGAAAAUCGAAUCAGAAGUUUCGAGAAAAAACUGAUGCGCUCAGAAGCCGAGUUGCGCGAUAUGAAGCAAGAAUUGUCAGAAAAGGAAAGUUCAGCAGAUAAAGAAGCAUCGAGUAGUGCUAGGAUUAUUCGUGAGCUGAAAAACAAGCUCAAGUUUGAGCGAGAAAUGUAUCAAAACGAUUUGGCUAAACAACUGAAAGACUGUAACUCAUCAUGGCGGAUAAAAUGGGAAAUGGAAAAUGCCAAGUGGAAAAAUAUUCAGCAGCAAAUAAACACGAAUGGAGAGAUUUUUGCUGUCGAGGGUUUGCGAGAUAUGUUUACAGUUCCGGAGCCGGUCAGCAUCGAACCUAAGACCCCUGGAGGUACAAAUAAGGGAACUGGUAGUGCGCCUAUGAGUGCGAGACGAAGGCCUAUAUCUGUAUGCGAUAAAGACGAUGAAAUUGAAACAGAAGAUGUUGUGAUUCCAUCAUCGUCAGGCGGGUCCAGCAAGACUCCAGUGGUGGCUUCGAAGGCCUCGACUGGGACUAGUGACGGAAGAGGUGCUCAGUCUUCCUCGAAGCCCUUUCGAAUGAAGCAAAGGAGGUCGAGGUCUGCUCAAAGAUGGGUCGAGCACAAGGACGCUGACAUGGUUAAAACAGGGACCGUUUUCAAGGCUAGUUUGAAACACAAGCGAGUAGUGAAUGCAGCGCCAACUCAGAAAGACAUGCGACACCAGAGCAAUUAUAUGUUACAGCAUCAAGAGGUGGACACCGAAGGCGAAGUGGAGACUAGGCUGUACAAGGGGGACAUUAUUCCGACCAUUGGUGGGGGGUCACAGGUGGAGUUCAAAGACGUGGAGACUCUAAUCUGCAGGUCACCCAGCAAGGCGACAUCCCGUUCAGUUAUAGUGACUGAAAUUCCAGACGAUGAUAACGAACUUGACAUUGAGAACCAACAACCAUCUUCAGGCAUGAAAGCAGCAGCCAAAUUGAAUCAGAGCUGCAUGCGAGACAGUCCAACAAUAGAGCAGAGAAUGGCAGAACUCAAAUCGAACGGACUUUUUUCAGGACACGUCACAGCCGUAUCCGGAAGCCCGUCUGGCGCCACAUCUUACCAUUCUAGCCUAGCAGACCCAGUGGGAAUUAAAAAGAGCAAACAUUCCACUCAAAACCAAGCUUGGAGCUGAAAUGAAUUUUAGUUUUCAUUUGAAAGUUUGUAUCUCUUUAAUUAUCAUCACACUCCCUGAGUUUUCCCCAAUUUAAGAACUGCUCAACGGCUAAGAUUGUACCUAGAAACGAAUAACCCCAGUCUUCAAUAUGGCCAUGUAGUCAGAGAGAUCCAGAAAUUUUAGUGAAUUAGCCGAAAGUUUCACGUUAAUAUUUUCCGUGAAGUGAAUAGAAUCAAUACCUUUCUGAAUAUUAGAUGAUGCUAGAAUAAUUACUCCAAAAGGUUGCGUCAAGAUUCAAAAAGGCUUUAAAUAUGAUUUUGAUAAAAUUAUAUUCAAUUAAUUACAAAGUUUCUUGCCCUGUAUUUGUUUUUGCGUUUUAAUUGUGUUUUCAA